UACUAUAUCUUUUAUAUUGCAUUAUUUAGAAAAUAUCCAAAACUUUCUACAUUACAUUUAUUAAUAGUAAUAUGCAUAAAUAUCAAGAUCACAUAAAAUAUUAUGCUACAUUAAAACUCACAUACAUCAAAUAUAUUUAAAAAAUUCUCUUCAUAAUCAGCACUUUACAAUACAUUUCCGCGAGCAGUUAUUGAUUAGACAUGCGUUCUCUCAGAAAGACAACUCACCGUGCGUUUAUUAAACAGCUCUAAAGAUUCGCGCAGGCGCUCGCUUGACAAACAUAACUUCAGCCAGUGCAUUUCUGACUACCUCUUACACCUGUCAGUACAUCGUGCGCUUUCACGAAGUGAUCAUGACGUACUCCAAACGUAUGUCAACGAGCGUCCAACUCACGUCCAAAAAUCAUAAUGAGUACAGUCUACAAGUGGCUCGUUGGUUUCUAAUGCCAAUCGGUAUUUGGUCGCAAAUAAAUACGGCAACAAAAAUUAAGAGAUUUUCUUCAUACGUACAUAUUCUCGUCUCUACGUUCUUAAUAGCAAUUGUUACGGUGCCUUUUUUGUUAUACGUGUCAUUGGAAGAGGAAGAUAUCGAGCUAAAAUUGAAUUUGAUUGGUCCACUGAGUCACUGGAUUAUGGGUAUAAUUAAUUACUGUUUGCUCCUUGCACGCAGUAACGAUAUCAGAGAAUGCAUGCGACACAUGGAAAUGGAUUGGAGACUGAUUAAAAAAUUCGAGGAUCGACAAGUAAUGUUGCAACAAGCCAAGAUCGGCCGUUUUGUCUGCGGAAUCUGCGCGAUAUUCAUGCAGAGUGGUACAUUUAUCUUUGUUAUAACCAAAUCGCUAACUACCGCGAUCGUCAUCGUCGGCAAUGAGACCAUUUCGAUGCAUUUGAUGGUUUGUCCGAUUUAUAGCAAGUUUAUCGAUACGAGAUUCAGUCCCGCAAACGAGAUCAUGCAAAUUGUAGAAAUGAUAUCAACAUUUAUAGUUAAUUCUGUUACGGUAGGCGUUUGCAGUCUCGAUAUGAUCUUCGCUAUGCAUGCGUAUGCUCAGCUGAGCGUGUUAUUUUCGUGGUUAAAUAAACUUAUAGUGGAUAAAGACGAUGAAAACGAUUGCGUUGAACAAAGACUGGCCAUUAUAGUGAAACAUCAUUUGAGAGUACUAAGUUUUAUAUCGCGUAUGGAGUCUAUUAUGCAAAGUAUCUGUCUCGUGCAAUUGCUGGGAUGUACAAUGAACAUGUGUUUACUUGCAUAUUAUUUUAUUACGAAUUUGAAUACAUUUGAUGUGGUAAAAUUGGCAUCAUUUGUCAUCAUAUACUUAUCUAUGGCUUUCAAUGUGUUUAUAUUUUGUUACAUUGGUGAGACCCUCACAGAACAGUGCAAAAACGUCGGUGAGAAGGCGUAUAUGAUCAAUUGGUAUGAAUUACCACGCGAAACUGCUCUUGGGCUUAUUUUGAUAAUAGCACGGUCGAAUAAUGUUAUCAGACUAACUGCUGGAAAAUUAUUUCAAUUAUCUGUUGCAACUUUUGGUGAUAUAAUUAAGACUUCCAUGGUAUAUUUAAAUAUGUUACGAACGAUGAAUCCUUCAUGA